UGUAAACGUAUGUAAAAUGGACAAUGUCUCGAUCUCAUCUUUGACUGCUAAUAGUAUCUCAGAGUUAAGCUCUGCAGAGGAUGUUAUGACCUUUGAUGUAUUUAGUGGUAGAAAAAUAAUAGUAACUUGAUUUCUAGUGACUGACGCAUCCCGUUACGCAACCAUCAGGUCACUCAACGAAAUCCUUUAAAAAUACACACAUUAAAAUUGAGACUGCAUUAUUUGAAUGUGAAAUGACAUGAAUUUUACCAGUUGAACGUUAAUGUUAUAUAAAACUGGCUAAACUGAGUCAAAGAGUGAUCAUCCUGUAAUAGCUACAUUCUCACUUUGGACUAAAGCUGGACUGUAUUCAUUAUUCAGUAGGCUACUGAAGUAAUACCUCAGAUAUGGUAAUGUACUAAUACUAAUACGUUGUGUAUGGCAGCUAUUUCACUUAAGAUAACAAAAUCAUUUGUAGUGAUUCUUUUCUUGAUUUAACAGUUUAUUGCGGGGGUUAUGGUUGGAAAAAAGAGUUGCCCUUUCGUUUGCCUGAUCCACAGUCCAGACCCUAAAAAUAUUCAGUUCACUAUCAUGCGAAUAAGCCUUAAAGGUCCAGUGUGUGGGAUUUAGUGGCAUCUAGUGGUGAGGUUGCAGACUGCAUCCAAUUGAAACUUCUCCAGUGUCCCAAGUGUAUAGGAGAACUACAGUGGCCGAUGCAAAAAUGUGAAUGGCCCUAUCUAGAGCCAGUGUUGGUUUGUCUGUUCUGGGCUAUUGUAGAAACAACAUGGUGGACCCUGUGAAAGAGGACCGGCUUUGUAUGUCAAUAUAAACGGCUCAUUGUAAAGUUACAAAAACACAUCAAUUCUUAUUUUUAGGUGAUUUUACACUAAUGAACACAGAGAUAUGAAUAUUACAUUCCCUUUAUUCCAGUAAUCCCCCUAAAUCCUACACACUGGACCUUUAAGCUGUUAUAAAAACAGUUCCCUACUAGUUUUCUGUUGAUCUACUAAUAAUUUUAGGCAUUCACUGUUGACUUACUACCUUUAGUUUCUCAUCUCUGUGCCUCUGUAGAAAUGAGCCGGUUCUGCUCGGACAACAACAAUUUUCCCUAUGACAACAACGUCCUGGUUUUGGACAUGGUGCUGGGCUCUCUGUGGGGGGUGCCCCAGCCCAUAAACUGGGACAAUGUAGCCAAGCUAGUUCCAGGAUUCACUCCCAAGGAGUGUGCCCGUCGAUUUGAGGAGCUGAAGAGCACUGGGGGUUUUCCCCAUGUGGACAACCAAUGUAAUGCCCUGACAGAAGGAAGCACCUCCCCUUCAGAUGGCCUGACCGCACUACUGGACACUGGGGAGGUGAUGGAGACAGGAAGCAGCCAGAGCAGCAGCAAAGUUACAGCAGGCUCCAAAUCGACGCCCUCAGGAAGAGUUGGUGUUGUGGAGAAGAAAGAGAGAAGAGUCUCAGCCGAGGAGGAUGACAAACCUCAGAAGCCAAGAGAUCCCAACAUGGUGAUCCAUGUGUGUGAUGAGACCAAGAACCUGAAGCAGGACUUCACGUGUCCCAGAGAUCUUCUAGUCAAAGAGAUGCGUUACUUUGCUGAGUACCUGUCUGUGGACCCCCAGAGGUGGGAGGAGGUGGACAUCUCCGUUCACUGUGACGUGCAGAUCUUCGAUUGGCUUAUGAACUACGUCAGGAGGAAUUCUGCAGGAGAGGGAAACAAGGACAAACCCCGUCUUGAGCCCAGCAAUGUGAUCUCAAUCCUGAUCUCCUCCGAGUUCUUGAAGAUGGAUACGUUAGUGGAGGAGUGCAUCCAAUACUGCCACAAACACAUGAGCGCCAUCGUGGCGACACCCUGCAACAUGAACUGCAUCAACAGCAACUUGGCAACACGCAUUGCUGAACUCUUCAACCACAAUGAGGCUGACGACAUCAGGGACAAAAAAGACAAGUUCAAAAGCAAAUUGUUUCAGAAGAAAAUAGAGCGUCUCUUUGAUGCCAACUACCAGAACAGAGAUUCACCUGGAAACGCCUCGUCUCUCUACAGGUGUGGUCUGUGCCUUAAGCUGCUGACCAAAGACACAGAGAGGAAAAUUUCUUGUGUUCCUGGGAAAAUCAACAUUGAUGGUCAUGGAGAGAUCAUCUAUACACACACUAAACAGAAGAGCUGGGAUGUACAUGAAUACAUCACCAGUCUGUAUGAGGAGCUCAAGUCCUGGGUCCUGGUCUAUUGGAGAAUCUGGGGUACAAUCAACUACCUCACUUGCUCCCGGUGCCAACAGGUGUUUGUGUGUGCAGAGCUGACCCAUUGCAAGUACCACCCAGACAGUGUGCUGUACCCUGGCAUGGGUACUGAGAAAGGCUGGCAUGGUGCAGGAAUCUACCCCUGCUGCAACCAGAGGAUUCUCCGCUUUGACCCCACUGGUAUGCCCAAGGGCUGUAAGAUGCGAGACCACAUAGUGAACGUACCUGAUGAAGAGAACUGCGACGAGGCGACCGCAGCCCAGACCAGAGUCCUUAAUGACCUGCUGCUGCACAGAGACGCAGUGUGUUUGUUUCACACGCCGCCUGCAGAGGGUACUGAGGAGAGUCCGUCCAGUGCAGAGAAGGUUCAGCAGGACUGUGACGUUCUCCUGGAGCCGACACUGCUCGGACCUCUGAGAGCAGACGGCAGCACUUUUUCCCUCUUGAAAAACUGGAGUCUGCAACUGAGGCAGCAGUCGCUCCUGUCAGAGGAUGAGGAGUACACCACAGGGUCAGAGGUCACCGAAGAUGAGGUGGGGGAUGAAGAGGAGCUGUCUAAAAAACAAGCUGCUAAGAAGGCCAAGAAGGCCCACAGACCCCUGAAAAAACAAAUGUCUUCUCCAAACUUCCAGCGCAAAGACAAAGCAGAGAAAUCACAGUCCAGGGACAACACACCUUUCAUAGUGAGUGUCCAGAAAAGUAAGUGGGACAGUUCUCGCUCCAUGCGAUACAACCAGGAUGCUCAGAGGGAAGAAGACCAGCGUCGUAUGGUGGAGAUCAUCGGCUACCUGACUAAGAUGAGGUUUGGAGACCAGGAACAGAGCAAAUAUAAGGACACUAAGGAGGAGGAAUCUACGCCAGGCUGGAAGCGCAGUUUAAGAGUGCCUCUCAAACCAGACAGAGUUCGGAAAAGACACCCAGUAGAUCUAAAAUACGCUACGCUCAAAUCCGGACAACAUAAAGGAGCUGAUGGGGAAAAGGCCGCUGAGCUAUCAAAGAGACGAGUAUGAAAACUGAUGAAGAGUCAUAAGAACAAAGAGGAAGAGGAGAGGUCCUUCUGCGAAAGCUCAGUACAACAAAAUAAGUUUCUACUGGCAGCUCCUCAAGCACGGCCUACACCUAUAACCCAGCUGUGGACUCUCUCCUCACCCUCACCCCUUGUCAGUCCUGUUCCCUCCCUCUGUGCUUAACUCAGGUGACUACGUAUGCAUCACCAUCAACUGCACCCUCUGUCACUCAGCUAGCUACUUAUUUGUGCAGCUGCGGCCGGUCCUUGAAAAACAAGUUCUCCGGAUCCAGCUCAGCGUAGGAAAUUCACUUGAACUGAUCUCAGUGUGUCUUUAGGGUUUAUCUUUGGAGGUAGACAAGUUGGGGAUGAAAUGCUAGUUUAUUCUUUAUUAACAGUCAUCCGCACUGAGGAUCUGAAUUAUUUAGAUCCAGUAAACUCCACAUGUAUGGUACUGAAGAGUUUCAGAGAGAGGUAAAUGAAGCCAAAGGCAAGACGGUACUGCUUCAAAACAGCUCAUCUUGUUUCGGUUAAACUGCUGAUCACAGUACAUCAGUACAUGAAAUAAACUCUGUAUUAGCAUUCACUGUCUUCUGCGGUGAAGCCCAGCCAUCUGGCUGAGACUGACACUACAGUUACUUUCAAGUGUCUCCCUCCCCAGUCCUGGUAGAGAUAUAUAGGUCUAUUCAUUCCUAUCUGUAUUGGAAUGUGACUAAACUGUACAACACUGGGACCAAUAAAACAUAAAUGAGACUGAACUUCAGCCAGAGCCUUAUUUGGAUUACCUUCAUGGUUUCUGCCGAUCCUAGAAUAGUCUGAAAGGGUAUUACAUCCAUUAAUAUGAAAAUAAGGCCUUUAUUUUCUCUAGAUAUUUUUAUCUUUUCUGAUGUUGCAUUGUAAAAUCUCUAAUAAUUGAUAACAUGUUUUUUAACUUAUAUUUUCUUUGUGGCAGGGCUGGUCAGAGUAGAAGAUCAACUGCCUGCUAGCUGGCUGUCACUGUACCCUCGAUGCAUAGGGAAGUGCAAAUUUAACACAAAUUGGCCAUUUGACCAGGAUUUCACAGCAUGGCUGAAACUGGUACAAGGCGAUCUAGGCUCUGUGUAUUUUAUGCAAAAAGUUUCUUAACUCGUCAUGAUAAAACGCAUAACAGUGGAAUCCCACAUGCAGAGGGAGAAACACAAAAUGCCAACAAUCAUUGGGUAUUUCCCAAGUAACUGAUGUUGGUUCACUUUUUCCCCUUCAGUUUUGGUUAUAGUAAAAGUGGUCUUAAAUUUCAUUCUGAGAAGUAUGAAAAAAGUUUUUAAAAACUUAAAGGUCCAGUCUGCAGGAUUCAGGAGGAUAUACUGUCAGAAAUAGAAAAUAAUAUAAAAAGCAUGUUUUCUUUAGUGUAUAAUCACCUGAAAAUAAGAAUCAUUAUGUUUUUGUUGACUUGAAAGAGCUGUUGAUAUCUACGUAGGGAGCAGGUCCUUGUCUACAGUGAUCGCCGUGUUGCACCAUGUUUCUACAGUAGCCCAGAGCGGACAAACCAAACACUGGCUCUAGAUAGAGUCAUUCAGGUUUUUGCAUUGGCCACUGUAGUAAGCAGUUCCCCCAUGAUGAGAGCAUUGGAAAAGCGCAGAUUUUUUUUAUAUGAAACUGCUUUACUUGGCAUUUUUACUGGUUUAAAUCACUGAGUCUGUUGGUUUUGGAGAGGAUGAGUCCUUUGUGUGUGAUUCAGCUCCUGGUAAAAAAAAAAAACAAAACAAAAAAAAAACACCUGAGGGAAUUCUAACCAGGAGAAGUUUCAGCUGGUUGCAAUCUGCAUUUCUCACCAUUGGAUUCCACUAAAUCCCCCUAAAUCUUACACACUGGACCUUAAAAUCUAACUUGCCUGAACUGUAGGAACCCUGUAUUCUGGUGACUGUCCACUGGGUGGCAGUAUAUCACCUCAGGGGAGUUACUGGGCUCUCACCGAUCAACUUUGCCCCAGUUUGACCACAACCUGUCACUCCUGCUCCAAUUUACGGCCAGAUGACAUCAAAUAAUUCAAUGAGGGUAAAACUUAAUAAAACUGUUGACGAAGUACAGUCAGUGUUUCAUUUAAAUUCAGUCCUUAAUCAACCUUUUUCUCGUGCCUAAAGGGCUUGGUUGGAACAGCGUGAGAGUCCUGGGCAGAGGGCUG